CGGAGACGUGAGGCUUUAUAAAUCGCGAGGAUGCACAUCGAAGCAGUAACACCUCGGCUGACGACGGUGAAAAACGCGCGGCCGCGAUCGACUAGGAACAGCGAACACAUUUUUCACACUUGAGCAUCAUCGACCGGAACUCGCCGCCUCGAGGAAAAUUGCGAGAUUCUUCGACACGACUAGUCGAUGCGCUUCCAGCUGCACUAGCAUCGAUCGUUGCAAAUUGGAUUGCCGUUAAGACUCGAGCGACGGAGACCACCUUGGAGUCGAGCAGACUUGUUCAGUGUCGACGGUGAAAUUUCCAGAGAGAAUUUCGGAGUUCAGAGCAUUUGCGACUUAAUUUGCCAUUGGAGAAGCGCACGUCUAACACCUGGGAUGUGCCAUAAACGAGAGUGACUGAGAGGAAGAAGGGUAUGCGAACUGUACUUGUUAGCAGAGCUUGUAACGAGAGUUAGUGAUCUUAACAAAAAGGAUGCAACCACGGGUGACAGUGGUUCUGGCCACGGUCUGGCUGACGGUGGCGGUUCUGGUAAGAGGAGCAGUCACCCUCCGUCUCUCUCACGAUCAAUACUCCCCCGUAUCUCCACGCCGACACGCUAGGGUUCAACGGGACCGUGCUGGAGUCUGGAGGGAUCACGAUCCAGUUGAGGAUCAACCUCUCGACCUUUGGAUCGGUUCACGAAGGUCGAUCUCUGCGGAGGAAUCAGGAGCUCUAUCUCGCAAUGUCAAAUAUACCGAGCGAGAUUUUGAAGGUUUCUUGAAGGACAUUGUCUCGUCAAAGCGAAUGUACCCCUUUUCAGGCUGGCAGAGGCGAUUACCGAAUAUCGCCGGCGCGGAAUUCGCGGCCGACAAAAUCGAUUACGGCUACGAGAUGCCGGAAACGCUUUCGCGCGAAGCGAAGGUAUCCCCUUCAGACCUUUUAGACGACCCCUUUGUGGCAGACGACACGUUUCAGGAUCAAGGGCCAGGAUCGAUGGAAAUAUACAAACUAGACCUAUCCAAAGAGAAGACUCUACUGAUCGCAACCACGCCCUCCACAAAUUUACUGUCGAGAAAUAAGAGCAAAGCUCCGAAAAAGACGGGUCAUUUGAAUUCAAAGACAAAGACAGAAAUUAAAUCAAUAAUAAGUGCGAAUGUUAAUCGUAAACAAUCAAAUUUUUUCGAAGAACAACGAACCGAAACUCCUUUGAUCAACAAAGAUGCCUUCGAUGUUGGUGGUGUGCCGGAGCUACAGGUUGGAUGCGAAGGUCUCGAAGCGUCGUUGUUGUCCCACAAGACGAAAAGAUCGAUAGAUACGCCUGACAAGGAGAAGGGCGAGGUGCCAGCUCCAUCCGUAUUGCUAAAUGUGUCGCCGGUAUCCUUGGAUCUCGACGACGUUCUGUCAUACGAUGAAGAAGAAUAUGAGGAAAUGGACGAGCUUCUCAAACUCAAAAAACUGGAGACUACCACGAAAAGAAACAAGCCAAAUAGGGGAGAUAUGGAUGCCAGCCAUCUUAAUUCUGACCAUUUGGAUGAGUUUAGGCGACCAGAGAAGUUACCAGAACGAGGAGAUUUGGGUGGAUCCAUCCCAAUAAAUUCUAGUGAAUUAAUAACUAAUCAGAAGACCAAGCGAUCUCUAACGGAUCUCGAAAUUAAGAAUUACACGGAAGCUAAACCAAAGCGAGAAAUGAUUUUAUUGGACGGUGAUAAUGGCGCCAGCAGGAAUCAUGGUCGGCAGUUGCUGUGGCUUGCCGAAGCAAAUAUUGAGGGAUUUGCGGACGGUAGAAGCGAACGGAAGCGCACGAGACGAUCGAUCGAUUGGGGCUUCGGUGAGGAUGAAGGUGCCGUGUCUAGCGAUGAGUUGCAGACCGUGAAUGAACGUCGCAGGCAGCACGAGAUGCGAUACCAUCAAGACACAUCUGUUAAAAGACGUGAGCAUCAUGGAUUAAAUACUGACAUCGAUAAUGUUAGACAAAAGUACGAGAAAAUCCUUGAGCAAAAACGAAGAGAAGAAGAGUAUUUGCGACAAAUGCAACAGGCUAAUCAAAAACUGCCAAAUAGACAGGAGGAGGAAGAGAAAAAGAAAAGAGAUGAGUUACGAAGAAGACAAUACGAAGAAUAUUAUAAGAUGAUGAACGUUACAACACAUAUAGAUAACGAAGAUAUGCGACGGCAGAUGGAAGAAAGACGAAGGCAAGAAAUGCAGGAGACGGUCAGAAGAAACGAGGAAGAGCUAAGAAGACGAGAGGAAGAAGAACAAGCAAGGAAGCAGGAGCAAUACAGAUGGCAGCAAGAAGCUCAAAGAAAAAGGGAUGAAGAGGCAAGAAGGCGUCAAGAUUCAAUGAGAAAUCCUUCCGAAAAUGUUAGAAGAAUAUCAGAAAACCGUCGCAAAGAAUGGUUAGAGAAGAAGAGGCAAGAGGAUGAAGAUGAGAGAAGACGACAGCAACCAUUGAAUUUAAUGCGUGCAGAACAUUCAGUCAGUCAUCCGAACGAUAUCAGACAGCGCGAUCGAGAUGAGAAAAGACGACAGCAAGAAGAAAGACAGCGAGAACAGAAAUUGCGAGAAUAUAUCACACGAAAUCGACCUAUCAAUGUCAAUCAUGCCGAUCAAAGAUCGAAAGAAGAGAAACGACACUAUAGGCUCGAAGAGCACCAAGAUCCGCGGAUGAAUAUGAGUAGAAAUGACGAAGAGUACUAUCGACGACUGAAAGAGCAGCGUAAAAGACAAGAAGAAGAGAGAAAACUACAGGAUUAUAUUAGGAGGAACCAACCAGUGAAUGUGCCAUCGAGAGAUAAUCAAUCGACCACAACUGGUCGUAACUGGUUCGAGGAGCGAAGACUGAUCGAGGAAGCCAGGCGUCGCGACAGAUAUCCCGAUCCAGGAGUGAGGAGAGACCACGGACCGUCGGCGCCUACGUACAUCGAUCCGCGAAGCUCACCAGAGGAAGUUAGACGGAGGCAGCAAGAGAUGGCGAGAAGGUUGGAGGAGGAAAGGCGGCAGAGAUACGAGGCGAAAGAGCGACGGAAGGAACUCGCCAGACGACAGUGGGAGGAGGAAGAAGAGAGACGGUUACGGCAGCAACGGAUGCGAGAGGAGGCAGCUAGGCGAGAAGAGGAAGCGAGGAGAGAGCAAUCUAGAAGGUACGAGGAGAACAGGCAGCAGCUAGAGGUAGCGAGGAUACAGGCCGAGAGAAGGAGGCAGGAGAUAUUCAAACAACGAUCCAAGAACGAAAUUGGUAGGACGAAACAAUUAGAAACUAGGCUGAUCUAUCACCAGAAUCCUCAUCUUUUGGCAGAGCACAGAAGACGACAGGACAGCCGGCCCAUUCCGAGUAAUUUGAUGCGAGCCGAAGAAGCCAGGCGAGCGGCGGCAGAGCGCGAAAGGCAAAGAUUGGAAGCCGAGAGACGACAACAGGAAGAGAGCAGAAUGAGAGAGCACAGACAGAAGGAGACCGAUCAGUGGAGACGACAAGAACUAGCCAGACUAAACUCUCUGCCGGUGAGCGCAAGGAUAAUAGUCCGUCCUGGUGGCUCCUCGCCGAUGACGCCCGUUUCGCCUUCAGUGAUAUCGAGGGGAGGCUUCAACAACGAGAUCGAUUUUAUAGGAAUCAACCCACAUCGCGACGGCGUACAAGUGGCACAAUUUCCUGUCCCCCCGACACCGAAACCACCUGCCCAGAGUCCUGCCCCAUGUGUUUGGGCAGUUGUUCAUUGUUGUUCAUCCAAUAACAAUCGUCUCGUAAAGUGUUUCGAAUCAUUAGGCUGCCCCGGGAUUAAUUGGGAUCCUAACCCAUGUAGAGGGCCUGUUGCGGACGCUGCCAGAACAGAAGUCCUGAAGUUCUAUGCUAACUCAUAAAACUAAUAACAUCAAUAAGAUUCAGCCUUUACUUUUGGAGAGAUGAAUAUCAAUUAGACAAAAAAAAAGAAGGGAAAACUCUUCAACACCGACGAAAAUCUCUCUCUCUCUCACACACACACACACACACACACACACACACACACA